UGCUGAUGUAACACUAACCUCAUUGCUUACAAAUCGCUGUAGAUCUAUAUACUUCUUCCCCAGAGCUGAGAUGUACAUGGGAUGCCCAUUAUUCCCCAUUGGCACUGCGAUAGUGUAGAGCUUGACCGCGGCGAAUGACGGAGGAAAAGGUAUCCGAGCUUAAGAGACAGUUUCCAGAAGCAGAUGAAGCAUCAUUGCUCGAGCUACUGGUAGUCUGUGAUGGUUCUUUAUCAUCUGCUGAAAGAUUGUUGAUGGAGACAUUUCCCAAAGGUCCAACUCGGAAGAGAUCCAAGGUUGCUAGACAAGCGAGUAUCCAAAGUCUCAUGAACAGACCUGUUAGCAAGAAGCUCGUCUCUACAAACACCUCGGGGUCCAAUAAGCCUGUGUUGCUGCACACCAAAGAGGCCAUCGAAACCACUGUUCCAUACUCCACGAUCCAUUAUAACUUCCUCCCCAAUGACCUUGCUGACUCCCUGCUCCAAACAAUCAUGGAUGACACAGCUGACUUCGUGGCCUCCGAGUUUUACCUCUUUGGCAAUAGGUGUGUUUCGAAACACGACACCAAGAUGUAUUCGAGCAAACCCAUCGACGGUAUCUUCUACAACGGCGUUGAGACCAAGAACAAGUCGGAGUUCACCGACUUCCAUGGGAUCGCACAGGUCCUGAUUGAAGACCAGGUGAACAUGGAGAUAAACGAGAGAGGCCGGCUGCCCUUUCAACACCAGGGCCAGUGGGUUGGCGACCUGGCACUGUGCAACAAGUUCUAUACAAAGUCGAACAACCUGGAUUGGCAUUCUGAUCGCCUAACGUACAUUGGGCCUCACUGUACCAUUGCUUCUCUAUCACUAGGAGCCACAAGGGAGUUCAGGGUAAGGAAGCAGUACUGCUCCGACGACGCCACCUCCAGGUUCAACACCAUUUACUCUAUUCCUUUGCCUCACAACACCCUUCUCAUUAUGCAUGCUGGCUUCCAGGAGGAGUUCAAGCACUGUGUCUCUUCCACCACAGAGCUCAUCCCACACCCGGUCUCCGGCACGCUGAGAGUCAAUCUCACCUACAGGCACUACCUGCCACGUUAUAAGGACCAUAUUCCUCAGUGCGAACUGUGCCAUUCCCCCAUGGAGCUCAGACGAAUGUUCAAAGACCCCCGUACAAGGGGAAGAUACGUAUGGAUGUGUAGCCGAGGGUACCAGGGCAGAGACUGUGCUGGUAAGUUCUAUGCUGAUUUCAGCGCUGACAGCCUCAUAGCGAAGGACUUCAACAGUGCUUCGCUAUGGAUCGCACCUGAUGACCACGAGGCUCUACAGGCGUUUAGAGAGUCAAUUGGGGUGGUUAAUUGAGACGAUUUGCUGGUUGGUGAUCUCUGUAGGCAGCGCGUAGGCUGCGUUCCUUCUACGGCCCCUGCCCACAGGCUGCGUUCCCUCUACGGCUCCUGCCCACAGGCUCCUGCCCACUGGCUGAGUUCCCUCUACUGUUCCCGCCUACUGUUCCCGCCUACAGGCUGAG